AUGAUCUCUUUACUACCGCCUGAAAUCCUUUUGAUUAUUAUUGAUUUGACAAUAGAAGUAGAACUUGAAGAAGAAAGAUUGAAGAUCAAUGCCAAUGGUCAACAAAUGAAAGAUUGUUAUGAUGGAAAUCGAUUUAGAUUAGUUUGUUUUCAAUGGGAUCAAUUUUUGCGAAACCAAACAUUUUCUAGAAUUAGGAUCUUAGGAUCAAAUCAAUUACAUGGAUUUAUAGAAUGGUAUAGUAAUUUAGAUGGUUUGCAACAACCUACGAUUUAUGAACUUUCGAUUGGAAACAUUGAUGAUAGAGUUCAAGGAAAUCAAUCUCAUCGAAACAUGAAUAAAAAGAUGAAUUUUAAAGAAUUAGCUAUGAUUUUAGGAUUAAUUGGUGAACAGUUAAUUGGUUUAAAGGUUCAAUUUAAUUCAUAUGAAGAAAUUCCAAAAGAAUGUAUCAAUAGUUUCAAAAGAAUGAAGAAUUUAACAAGUUUAUCAUUUUCAUCAAAUUCUAGUGAUAUAAGUCUUCAAUGCCAUCAAAUUACAAAAAGUUUACUUCAUUCUAUUGCUUCAUUCUCUAAUUUAGGUUCAUUACAACUUCAAAAUUAUUUAUAUCUUAUAGAAGAAAACGUUUCAAAAGAUUUAGGGUAUCAAUUUCCAUCGGUUUUUCAUUUUCAAUUCGAUAGUCAAGUUGAUAGUAAAUUAUUGAAUUAUUUGAUCGGAUCAUUUAAACCUACAUUGAAAUCUUUAUCAAUCGAAGGACCUUUCACAAUAGGAAAACUAAAACCAUUACUCAUAACACUUUCAAAUCAAUUAGAAUCACUCGAAAUUUGUAAUAUGAAUUUAACGGAAGAAGAAUUAAUGAUCAAGAUGCCAAAGUUAAAAGAAAUUAAAUUUAAAGCUCAAUCUAAUCAUUCACUUGAACAUUUAAAUAAACCAAUCUUUGAAACUUGUGGUCUUUUACAAAUUGAUUAUUUACCAUUUGAUGAAUAUUUUGAUACAAGUUUGUUUACACCUAAUGAAAAUUUAAAAAAAAUCGUUUUGUUGGGUCACGGUGGUGCUGGUUUUGAUGUUUCAAGGAUUAGAAAAAAAUUAGAAUCUGAAUUUGGCAUGGUUUGUCAACGUAAAAAUAUCUUGAUUCAGUAUGUUAAAAAAUCACAUCUAUGA